AUGGAUUCGCCAUCUGAACCCCAAUCUCAACUCUCGAAUUCCAUCGACCACUUCCCUAAUCACGAUAACCACCCUCACCCUGAAUCCGAAACCCUUGAGAAAACCCUAGAUUCAACGGAAAACGUAUCCUCCGCUACCGCCGUCGCAGAUACUUCCACCCCUGCCCCAAAGCCCGAUUUCCCUAAGCCGUUGCUGUCGGAGAACUGUCUAACCAAGACGCACAGCGGAACCGACAAGGAUUUCUCUGGCGGUGAAGAGGAAACCAGCAGCCGGAGGAAACGGCGGUCCCGGUGGGAUCCUCUACCGAGCGAAUCCACAAACGAGGGCGCCUCCGGCACUGGUGAUGAUAAUUCGGGAACCGGAAGUAGGAAGAGGAAGUCGAGAUGGGCGGAUGACGAGCCUAAGCCCGUGGUCCAGCUACCUGAAUUCAUGAAGGAACUCACUGGAGGUAUCGAGCUUGAUCCAGAGUUCCAAGCUCUCAACAGCAGGUUGCUUGAGAUCACCCGGAAGUUGCAAUCUGGCACAACUUUGGAUGAUAGGCUCGAGGGGGCUAGGUCGCCCUCGCCCGAACCUAUCUAUGAUAACAUGGGAGUUAGGAUUAACACUAGGGAGUACCGCGCUAGGGAGAAAUUAAUCAGGGAGAAACAAGAAAUAAUAAAACAGAUUCUCGAGAAAAAUCCUGCCUUUAAGCCACCUGCAGAUUACAGGCCGCCGAAACUUCAAAAGAAGCUUUACAUUCCAGAGAAAGAGUAUCCAGGUUACAAUUUUAUAGGUCUCAUAAUUGGUCCACGAGGAAACACUCAGAAAAGGAUGGUAAAGGAGACUGGAGCAAAGAUUGUCAUAAGAGGCAAAGGGUCUAUGAAGGAGGGCAGACAGCAGCAGAAGAGGGAUCUGAAGUACGACCCUUCCGAUAAUGAGGAUCUGCACGUACUGGUGGAGGCAGAUAAUCAGGAAUCACUCGAUGCUGCUGUGGGUAUGCUAGAGAAGCUCCUGCAGCCUGUUGACGAGGUUCUCAAUGAGCACAAAAGGCAACAGCUUAGGGAGCUUGCAGCACUUAAUGGUACUAUUAGAGACGAAGAGUAUUGCAGGUUGUGCGGUGAGCCUGGGCAUCGCCAGCUCUCGUGCCCUUCCCGCCUGACAACGUUCAAGAGUGACGUAUUGUGUAAGAUUUGUGGCGACGGAGGACAUCCUACUAUAGAUUGCCCGGUGAAGAAUACAACAGGCAAAAAAAUGGACGACGAGUACCAGAAUUUUUUGGCCGAACUAGGUGGUACGCUUCCAGAAUCUCUGACCAAAUCAAGCUCUCCAGCUACUCUUGCUCUUCCUGGUAGCUCAGGAUGUAAUCCACCCUGGGCAAAUGGCACAAACACUUCUAGUAAUACCACUCAUGCUGGUUUGGGAUCAAAUCCAAUAAAACCAAAGGAAUACGAUGAGACUAACUUAUACAUCGGUUUUUUGCCCCCGACUAUGGAGGACAAUUCCCUGAUCAGCUUGUUCUCCCAGUUUGGUGAAAUAGUGAUGGCCAAGGUUAUCAAGGACCGCGUAUCCGGUCUGAGUAAGGGCUAUGGGUUUGUGAAGUAUGCUGAUGUUCAGCAGGCUAAUACCGCCAUUGCCAGUAUGAAUGGCCAUAAGCUGGACGGAAGGCCAAUUGCCGUGAGAGUGGCCGGUAAACCUCCUCAGCCUCCAGUACCUCCAGGUCCACCUGCUCCCCCGAGUCAGCCUGUUGGUGCCUACCCUUCCCAGCAGUACUAUUCCGGUGGACCCACGGGAGGCCCACCUUCUGGAGUCUAUAAUGGGGCUCCCGUUCCCUGGGGACCUUCUCCUCAAUAUGCCACUUAUCCCCCACCCCCACCCCCACCCCCACCCCCUCCUGGAUCAAUGGCUUUCCCUCCUCCCCCUCCUCCAUACAGCGUACAAUAUCCACCCCCACCACCACCCCCACCAGGUUCAUCUGGCGUGCCUACGCAGACUGUAUCGUCUACUGAUACACAACAAAUUUAUGUUUCUUCAGGCGAGAUACGGCAAAGCUAUAUCUAUGGAAAUUCUGUAACUUCCAUGCCGUUCAACGGUCAGGUUUCGUACCAACUGCAUCCAUAUACCUAUCCACCUCGGUAUGCUGCUGUUCCUCCUCUAGCAGCAAUGCCUCAGUCCACUGUAGAACAUACUCAUGGCUUGAGUAAUGCACCCUGGACGUCAAAUCCAUUGGUGCCUCUGCCACCAUCAUCUUCUGAGAAGACAGACACAGAAUAUGAGAACUUCAUGGCAGAAAUGAAAUAA